AUGCGCUUCCGCUUCAGCUUCGACGAUGGACGGCCGGAUAUCAUCAUUCGGUUUCCGAAGCCCGGACACACGGCGACCGCUUACAGGGACGAAAAAGUCAUGAAUGAGGUUGAGAUCAUGGAUAACCUCCGCCAACACACCAAUAUCCCUAUCCCUCGUGUUCACAGCUGGGGCCGAACUGCCGAGAGUCCACAACACCUUGGUCCAUUUAUCAUCAUGGAUUAUGUCGACGGUACGCUUUUAUCGACCAUCUUGAAACAACCCGAUCAAGAAGACAUGAUUCUGAACCCGAACAUCGACAGCACAACACUAUACAGGAUGUUUGAUCAAAUCGCCUAUUAUCUGUUCCAGCUUUCUCAACCGACAUUUACUGGUAUCGGGGCCAUCUCGAAGGGCGCCACUGUCGCUGGUUACCCUGUUCAACAAUUUCCAACCGCGUCGUUUGACCACGCAAGCGAUUAUCUGAGGUCGGUGGCAAACGAGCACCUGACCCAUCUUUGGGCCCAGCGCAAUCUUGCCGAUGAUGCUGAAAUUGCUCAGCAGCGGUACAUUGCCCGUCACCGGCCCGCGCAGCUGAUUUCAAAGUACUACCCCGAGGAUUGCGGGCUAUCUAUACCCUUCUGCGACGAUAUGCGACCCUCAAACAUGCUUGUCGACCCAGAAACACUCCAGAUCACUCCCGUUCUGGAUUUCGAGUUCACGAAUUCCAUGCCAGCGGAAUUCACGUAUGACCCGCCUUGGUGGAUGCUGCUCUCUGGGACGGAAGUGUGGCUUGAGCGCUGCGCGAUGGAUAAAUUUGUGACUCUUUGCGAGUCUCGAAUGGUGCAGUUCUUGCGAGCCUUCGACGUAGACACCAUCUACUGGGCUGCAUUGCAUAAUGGCGAUGCCGGUGUGGGGGUUGAGUUGCUUGAUGGUAAGGCGCGUGCAGAGGCGAAGCUAUUUACGCAGACUAAGAUGAAGCAGUUGAAGACAUAUAAGGAGGAGUGUACUGCUCGCUUUUCAUCGGAGACAUAG